ACGCGCCCUCGGCCGGUCCCUGCGGGCUUCCUGGAAGCUUCGGGCGGCUUUUACAGCGCAGCGAUGCCUGGCGCCGUGUAGCCGCGUAUGUGCUCGUCUAGCCGCGGCAGGCGUGGGCACCCAUGGAUCUGGCAGAGGACUGCAGUGAUGGCUACUUCAUCAUCACUAGGGGGAAGGCACGCAACAGCCUGCGUGGCAUCCAGAAGGGCAGUGUGGGGCGCGUGCAGGCCCGCCCAGGGGGGGAGCUGUCUGUGUGGCUCCUUGGGGCCUCCUCGCACGCCUUCCCCAGGGGCGAGGUGCUGGUGCGGCGGGAUGACGGCCUCUUCCUGUCCCGCCACCAGGCUCAGCUGCUGCUCUUUGUGACCCCGGCCGCUCGCCGGCUGGAGCUGGUGGCCAAUCCGCAGCUCUUCCUGGCCAUCUGCAGCCUGGCCUGCAACGACCCGGUGCUGGUGAAGCACGCCAAGGCCCACUGGCCGGGCCUGCUGAGGAAGGUGGUCCAGAUCCAGAACAAGAGCAGCCUGGAGGAUUUCCCCAUGCUGGGCUUUGAGGUGGAACUGCUGGACUCGGACCAGCACUGUCCCGGCCGGAAGUCCGGCCCGCUGCCUUUGUUCAGUGCCGGUGACAUCGUUCAGGCCGGCUCGAGCUGCCCGGCUAAUGCGCACUGGGCCUGGCCCAACAAGCCCUCAGAAGGGCUGGACCUGAAGAUCACCUCCUGGUUUGGCUCGCUCCUCAGUUUAGGACCUCCUGAGGGGGGCGGGGAUGGCCUUGGACCCCCCGAGGAGCCCCUGCUGGAGGUGGGCUCUAUGGUGGAGCUGGUGACCGACAAAGGGGCCCCGGCAUAUGGGCUGCUGCGGUGGAUGGGCACCCUUAAGGGGAAGAAGAAGACCUGGGCAGGCGUGGAGCUGGACCGCGAGACCACCAACGGCACGGAUGGGACGUUCGGAUCUCGCCGCUACUUCACAUGCCAGAAGAAGCGUGCCGUGUUCGUGCCCCUGGGCUUCUGCCGACCGGACGCCCGCUUCCUGCCGAUGCCGGCUCCUCCCCCUCAGCACGGCAAACCAGAGGAGUUGCACCUAGGCAUCGACACAGAUGUUCCUCCCGUCCCAGAGGCAGAGGCUUUGCAGCUGCUAGAGGGCAGGAUGAAAGGGAUCCAGGGCCACUACAACUCCUGCUAUCUGGACGCUGCCCUCUUCAGCUUGUUCAGCUCCUCCGCGGCCCUGGAUGGGGCGUGUCAGGAGGCCGCCAGCACGGGCAGGGAGGCUCCCCGCAUCCUCAAGCGGGACAUCAUCAACAAGCUGCGCAGCCAGGGGUUUGUUCCAGCUGAGAGCGUGAUGAACUUCCGGAAGCAGCUGGGCUGUGACUCUUUCCUGACGGAGGAGAAAGACCCUGAGGAGUUCGUCAGCGUCCUCCUUGAGCGAGUGCUUGGCAUGAAGCCGUUGCUCAGGAUCAGGUCAGAGAAUGGUAUGACCCAAGAUGCCUACACCUUCCAGAUCAUCCUGGAUAAGGACCAAGUGGGAACAGCUCCCACAGUGCAGGAGCUGUUGGAUACCUCCUUCGUGUCGUGUGGCCUCCAGCUUGAGGAGACCCCUUUGUGCUUCAUGGUCCAGAUGCCGAGGUUUGGGAAGACGUAUAAAAUGUUCUCCCAAAUCAUUCCCUCCACUGAGCUGGAUGUCACUGACCUCCUACACAACUCCCCCCGGGAAUGCUUUGUGUGCGGCCGCCUGGCACAGCUGGAGUGUGCCACCUGCCUGAGAGACAGGAAGCUGCAGCCCGGCAGGAUCAAGCAGUACUGUUGCCUGUGCAGUGCCCAGGUCCAUGCUCACCCACUGCGGCAGGACCAUACUCUCCGCGCGCUGACUGUGCCGGCAGAAGUGCCCGAGGGCGCCCCCUUGCCGCGGCACCGGCUGCAGCUAUACGCCGUGCUGUGCAUCCGGACCAGCCACUACGUGGCCUUCGUGAAGCACGGGCCGGGACCCCACUCCUGGCUCUUCUUCGACAGCAUGGCCGACCGCUGUGGUGAUGACAGCAGAGGUUUCAAUGUCCCCGAGGUGAGGGGCUGCCCGGAGGUGGGGGACUUCCUGACUCAGCCCGAGGAGACACAGGCGAGGGCAGACCUGGAGCUGGUCAGUGAGCACGUCAGCAGGCUGCUGUGUGACUCCUACAUGUGCUUGUAUGAGCGGGCGCCCGUGUGACUGUCCUGACGGCACCACCCCGCACCCUCACAUGCCUGCCAGGGCCCCAGCGUGUCCCGCAUGGCUCACGCGUGUGCUAACGGGCCGUGCUCCAGCCAGUCAACGCGGGAUUGACGUGCUGGGACCUUCCAACACAUCGCUAUGACACUUUUUAGUUUCUAUAAUUUCUAUUAGUCUCUAUAGUUUUGUUUAAUCCUUAGAUUUCCGGAUCGAUAUUGAAAAUAUCACAAAAAUGUUGAUUUUGCUUUAUAAACCGUUACUGUGGCCUGUGACAUAUAUUGAAAUAUUUAUACAGAAUGACAAUGGACGCUUUAUAUUUUUAUAUGUGAGUGUUAUUAUUCAGCUGUUGUUUUCUCUUUUUGGAUGCAUGAUUAAGCAGAAUGAUUUAUGUUCGGGGGAAUUUGCGUUGGAUUCGAAUAAUUUUAUUUCAGAGUAAUACAGGUCUAGGUGACUGUCGCACGUUUUGUAUUUUGUUUAUAGAGCAAAUGCAUCUAUCCAAAGCGACUCAUGUUGUUGAGAACGCAGGGGCAGCCAGUCCCUGGAGUAAUUGGGAUUAAGGGCUUUGUUCAGGGGCCCUUCGGUGACAUCACUCCACUGACCGUGGUAUUUGAACCAGCAACCUUCAGUAACGUAGGCACAGGUCUAAACGCACUAAGCCAUACAGCGCCGCCCACUUGCCGUUAUCUCGCUGUUUAUACAAUCACAUUUUGGGACGGCAGGUCCGUAGCUCUGGUCUGUUUUCUCUUGUUUAGGAAAAGCUGAAAAUGGCUGUCCUGCUCUCAUUUUUAUAGUCAGAUCACCUGGAAGCAUUCAGUAUUGAUAAUUUUUUCCCACAUCACCACCUGUUUUUAUUAACAAACAACUUAGAUCUCUUCCACUAGAGGGCACUGUGCGCAUCUAAAUUGUUAAUGUACAUCAUGCUGUUUACUCAGCCUGUGAUUUAGGGUUGAAGAAUUUUGUCUGUAAACAGACAUUUUUUCUGAAAGACAUGAAAUAGAUCUGUUGGCAUGUAACCUUGCUUUAGAGUCCACUUGUCACCUUUGCAUAGUUUAUGCUAGGCUUGCUUAAGCUGUAUGUUCUACCAUUGUCCUCACCAUCUAGGUUUUUGAUCUAUGUGGUUUUUGCUAACAUGAUUUAUGAUCUUUUAGGGGAUUUAAGACAUGAGCCUUUUUUUUUUACUGAUAGCCUUAGAGAUCCACUUGAUCCAGCUGUAGCCUGAUCCCUGGACUUUACUUCCUCUUUAUUCCUGUGGUGAGCAGUGGGGCUGAUCGGUGGCUUUCACACGCGUCUCCCUGGAAGAUGUCUGGUGUUCUGGUAGAUGGAGGCAAUGACAGCUGCUGAUUGCCUUCUCAUGUAUCUACUUUGUCAGCCAAAACGUGGACUGACUGUGGGUCCUCAAGGACCAGAUUCGGAAACGCUUUUAAGGAAUGCAGUAGAUUUAAUGCUUGGCCUGUAAUGACCCAAAGGUUUUUGUGCACACGGCCCCUUUGGUGUGUUCAUACCUGGACAUCGUGGUCAGCGACGCACAUAUUUCAGGGAGGACCUGUUCAGCUACUUGUGGCUAUGACAAGAAAGCUAAAUAUUUGCAGGGAAGAUGUGCUCAUUGCUAUAGGAGAACAAGUGUAAUUUGCUCUGGAUGAAAGUAUUAGGUAAAAUUACAAGUAUGUACAUGUGGCAGAGUCCUUCCACUGGUGUAGUACAUGUUCAGAAACACAGAUUCCUUCAGCAUUGUCCAGCUCAUACAGAUCACGCUUGCUACUUUGCCUGUGACUCACUGGUAAAGUGUCAGACUCCUUACUGAGUCUCUGCUCUGUAUCCAUUCUGAUGUUUUUCUUUGUUCUCUCUCUAAAAUACAAGAAACAUCACAUGCUAUUGAUCUUCUAUGCUAUACACACAAACCACCUCAGUUUUACCGAUUUUAUAUGCAUAAAAAAAUAAAGACUUUCCUUCCUUAUUGAA